CCUCUCAGGGCCCUAGCGACCCCAGGCCCUCAGCCUCGUCGCGCUCCCUGCAAGACUGAGCAGCCGGGAGUGGCUCCCAGCCGCCGGCCCCGGCUGCGAGAAAGAUGGCGGACCUGGCCGAGUGCAACAUCAAAGUGAUGUGUCGCUUCAGACCUCUCAACGAGUCUGAGGUGAAUCGCGGCGACAAGUACAUCGCCAAGUUUCAGGGAGAAGACACGGUCGUGAUCGCGUCCAAGCCUUAUGCAUUUGAUCGGGUGUUCCAGUCAAGCACAUCCCAAGAGCAAGUGUAUAAUGACUGUGCAAAGAAGAUUGUUAAAGAUGUACUUGAAGGAUAUAAUGGAACAAUAUUUGCAUAUGGACAGACAUCCUCUGGGAAGACACACACAAUGGAGGGUAAACUUCAUGAUCCAGAAGGCAUGGGAAUUAUUCCAAGAAUAGUGCAAGAUAUUUUUAAUUAUAUUUACUCCAUGGAUGAAAAUUUGGAAUUUCAUAUUAAGGUUUCAUAUUUUGAAAUAUAUUUGGAUAAGAUAAGGGACCUAUUAGAUGUUUCAAAGACCAACCUUUCAGUUCAUGAAGACAAAAACCGAGUUCCCUAUGUGAAGGGGUGCACAGAGCGUUUUGUAUGUAGUCCAGAUGAAGUUAUGGAUACCAUAGAUGAAGGAAAAUCCAACAGACAUGUAGCAGUUACAAAUAUGAAUGAACAUAGCUCUAGGAGUCACAGUAUAUUUCUUAUUAAUGUAAAACAAGAGAACACACAAACGGAACAAAAGCUGAGUGGAAAACUUUAUCUGGUUGAUUUAGCUGGUAGUGAAAAGGUUAGUAAAACUGGAGCUGAAGGUGCUGUGUUGGAUGAAGCUAAAAACAUCAACAAGUCACUUUCUGCUCUUGGAAAUGUCAUUUCUGCUUUGGCUGAGGGUAGUACGUAUGUUCCAUAUCGAGAUAGUAAAAUGACAAGAAUCCUUCAAGAUUCAUUAGGUGGCAACUGUAGAACCACUAUUGUAAUUUGCUGCUCUCCAUCAUCAUACAAUGAAUCUGAAACAAAAUCUACACUCUUAUUUGGCCAAAGGGCCAAAACAAUUAAGAACACAGUUUGUGUCAAUGUGGAAUUAACUGCAGAACAGUGGAAAAAGAAGUAUGAAAAAGAAAAAGAAAAAAAUAAGAUCCUGCGGAACACCAUUCAGUGGCUUGAAAAUGAACUCAACAGAUGGCGUAAUGGUAAUAACUUAAGAAUUUGUCAUCUUAAGUUUGUUAAAUACAGAUUUAGAGAUGAAGAAAUUAACCAGCAAAGUCAACUGGUAGAGAAACUGAAGACGCAAAUGUUGGAUCAGGAAGAGCUUUUGGCAUCUACCAGAAGGGAUCAAGACAAUAUGCAAGCUGAGCUGAAUCGCCUUCAAGCGGAAAAUGAUGCCUCUAAAGAAGAAGUCAAAGAAGUUUUACAGGCCCUAGAAGAACUUGCUGUCAAUUAUGAUCAGAAGUCUCAGGAAGUUGAAGACAAAACUAAGGAAUAUGAAUUGCUUAGUGAUGAACUGAAUCAGAAAUCGGCAACUUUAGCGAGUAUAGAUGCUGAGCUUCAGAAACUUAAGGAAAUGACCAACCACCAGAAAAAACGAGCAGCUGAGAUGAUGGCAUCUUUACUAAAAGACCUUGCAGAAAUAGGAAUUGCUGUGGGGAAUAAUGAUGUAAAGCAGCCUGAGGGAACUGGCAUGAUAGAUGAAGAGUUCACUGUUGCAAGACUCUACAUUAGCAAAAUGAAGUCAGAAGUAAAAACCAUGGUGAAACGUUGCAAGCAGUUAGAAAGCACACAAACUGAGAGCAACAAAAAAAUGGAAGAAAAUGAAAAGGAGUUAGCAGCAUGUCAGCUUCGUAUCUCUCAACAUGAAGCCAAAAUUAAGUCAUUGACUGAAUACCUUCAAAAUGUGGAACAAAAGAAAAGACAGCUGGAGGAAUCUGUCGAUUCCCUCAGUGAAGAACUAGUCCAGCUUCGAGCACAAGAGAAAGUCCAUGAAAUGGAAAAGGAGCACUUAAAUAAGGUUCAGACUGCAAAUGAAGUUAAGCAAGCUGUUGAACAGCAGAUCCAAAGCCACAGAGAAACUCAUCAAAAACAGAUCAGUAGUUUGAGAGAUGAAGUAGAAGCAAAAGAAAAACUUAUUACUGAUCUUCAAGACCAAAAUCAGAAAAUGAUGUUAGAGCAGGAACGUCUAAGAGUAGAACACGAGAAGUUGAAAGCCACAGAUCAGGAAAAGAGCAGAAAAUUACAUGAACUUACGGUUAUGCAAGAUAGACGAGAACAAGCAAGACAAGACUUGAAGGGUUUGGAAGAGACAGUGGCAAAAGAACUUCAGACUUUACACAACCUACGCAAACUCUUUGUUCAGGACCUGGCUACCAGAGUUAAAAAGAGUGCUGAGAUUGAUUCUGAUGACACCGGAGGCAGCGCUGCUCAGAAGCAGAAAAUCUCCUUUCUUGAAAAUAAUCUUGAACAGCUGACUAAAGUGCACAAACAGUUGGUACGUGAUAAUGCAGAUCUCCGCUGUGAACUUCCUAAGUUGGAAAAGCGACUUCGAGCUACAGCUGAGAGAGUGAAAGCUUUGGAAUCAGCACUGAAAGAAGCUAAAGAAAAUGCAUCUCGUGAUCGCAAACGUUAUCAGCAAGAAGUAGAUCGCAUAAAGGAAGCAGUCAGGUCAAAGAAUAUGGCCAGAAGAGGGCAUUCUGCACAGAUUGCUAAACCUAUUCGUCCCGGGCAACACCCAGCAGCUUCUCCAACUCACCCAAGUGCAAUUCGUGGAGGAGGUGCAUUUGUUCAGAACAGCCAGCCAGUGGCAGUGCGAGGUGGAGGAGGCAAACAAGUGUAAACAUUUAUACAUACCCACAGGUAUUAAAAAGUAAUCGAAGUAUGAAGAGGACAUGGUAUCAAGCAGUCAUUCAAUGACUAUAACCUCUACUUCCUUGGGAUUGUAGAAUUAUAACUUUUAAAAAAAUGUAUAAAUUAUACCUGGCCUGUACAGCUGUUUCCUACCUACUCUUCUUGUAAACUCUGCUGCUUCCCAACACAACUAGAGUGCAAUUUUGGCAUCUUAGGAGGGAAAAAGGACAGUUUACAACUGUGGCCCUAUUUAUUACACAGUUUGUCUAUCAUGUCUUAAAUUUAGUCUUUUCUGUGCCAAGCUAACUGUACCUUAUAGGACUGUACUUUUUGUAUUUGUUUUUUGUCUAUGUUUAUUUUUUAAUCUCAGUUUAAAUUACCUAGUUGCUACUGCUUCUUUUCUUUUCCUAUUAAAACGUCUUCCUUUUUUUUUUUUUUUUUUUAAGAGAAAAUGGAACAUUUAGGUUAAAUGUCUUUAAAUUUUACCACUUACAACACUACAUGCCCAUAAAAUAUAUCCAGUCAGUACUGUAUUUUAAAAUCCCUUGAAAUGAUAUUAUUAGGGUUAAAAUUACUUGUAUUGUUUCUGAAGUUUGCUCCUGAAAACCACUGUUUGAGCACUGAAACCUUACAAAUGCCUAACUAGGCAUUUGAGACUGAGCAAGGCUACUUGUUAUCUCAUGAAAUGCCUGUUGCCGAGUUAUUUUGAAUAGAAAUAUUUUAAAGUAUCAAAAACAGAUCUUAGUUUAAGAGAGUUUGGAAAAGGAAUUAUAUUUCUCUUUUUCCUGAUUCUGUACUCAACAAGUCUUGAUGGAAUGAAAAUACUCUGCUUUAUUCUGGUGAGCCUGCUAGCUAAUACAAGUAUUGGACAGGUAAUAAUUUGUCAUCUUUAAUAUUAGUAAAAUGGAUUAAGAUAUUAUAGGAUUAAACAUAAUUUUAUACUGUUAGUACUUUAUUGGCUGACCUAAAUUUAUAGCCUGUGGAAAUUGAGAAAAAUGAAGAAACAGGACACAUAUAUGAUGAAUUAAAAAUAUAUAUAGGUCAAUUUUGUUCUGAAAUCCCUGAGGUGUUUUUAACCUGCUACACUAAUUUGUACACUAAUUUAUUUCUUGUUUAGUCUAAAAAUAGUAGUUUGUUUGCAAGUCACUAAUAAUCAUUAAAUAAAUUAUUUUGUUGGCCAUAGCCCAUAAUUUUGUAAUUAGUACUAAGUGUAUACGUAUUUUUGCCAGUUUUUCCUCAGAUGAUUAAAGUAAGUCAACAGCUUAUUUUAGGAAACUAUAAAAUAAUAGGGAAAGAGAUUUCACUAUUUGCUUCAUCAAUUGUAGGGGGCGGUGACUGCAACUGUGUUAGCAGAAAUUCACAGAGAAUGGGGAUUUAAGGUUAGUCAGUAGAGAAACUUGGAAAGUUCUGUGUUAGGAUCUGGCUGGCAGAAUUAACUUUUUGCAAAAGUUUUAUACACAGAUAUUUGUAUUAAAUUUGGAGCCAUAGUCAGAAGACUCAGAACAUAAUUGGCUUAUUUUUCUAUUUCCUUAACUAUUGUAAUUUCCACUUUUAUAAUAAUUUUGAUUUAAAAUACAAAUUUAUUUAUUUAUUUUUUUAAUAGUCAAAAAUCUUUGCUGUUGUAGUCUGCAACCUCUAAAAUGAUUGUGUUGCUUUUAGGAUUGAUCAGAAGAAACACUCCAAAAAUCGAAAUGAAAUGUUGGUGCAGCCAGAUAUAAGUAAUACAGUUAACAAGCAAAAAGAGUGCUGCCACCUCUUUAUGAUCGUUUUCUAAAUGAAGAAACAUUUGGCUGCGUUCACAUAGACCUGUAUGUUUUGUUUUCAGUUGAAAACUUGCCUCCUUUGGCAAUAUUCGUAAAUGAAGCAGAAUUUUUUUUUCUCUUUUUUCCGAAUAUGUUAGUUUCGUUCUUGUAAGAUGUAUCAUGGGUAUUGGUGCUGUGUAAUGAACAAUGCGUUUUAAUUAGCAUGUGGUUCAGAAUAUACAAUGUUAGGUUUUUAAAAAUAUCUUGAUGGUUCUUUUCUAUUUAUAAUUUUAGACUUUCAUAAAGUGUACCAAGAAUUUCAUAAAUUUGUUUUCAGUGAACUGCUUUUUGCUAUGGUAGGUCAUUAAACACAGCACUUACUCUUAAAAAUGAAAAUUUCUGAUCGUCUAGGAUAUUGACACAUUUCAAUUUGCAGUGUCUUUUUGACUGGACAUAUUAACGUUCCUCUGAAUGGCAUUGACAGAUGGUUCAGAAGAGAAACUCAAUGAAAUAAAGAGAAUAAUAUUUAUUCAUGGCAAUUAAUUAAAUUAUUUGCCUAACUUAAGCAAACUAACUACUGUGCUUAACUCUCAGUUUGUGCUUAACUCCAUUUAACAUGAGGUGACAGAAGAGUCUGAGUCUACCAGUAGAAUAUGUUGGUUUAUUUUCAGUACUUGAAGAUACAUUCACAAAUACUUGGUUUGGGAAGACACCGUUUAAUUUUAAGUUAACUUGCAUGCUGUAAAUGCGUUUUAUGUUUAAAUAAAGAGGAAGAUUUUUUGAAAUGUAA